AUGAGCUCGUCCCAGGCUCGCGGCAGCAACGCGGCUUCUGCUGCAGCUGCGGCUGCGGCUCGAGAUCGCUCGCUCCUACAGCUUCUCGAUCCAAACGACUUGCUACCCGGUCGCACCACCGCAGAUCUCUACAGUCUCCGCCAUCUCACCCGCCGAGGCGGUCUCCCAGAUUCACCCUCUUGGCUCAGAGCUCAAGCUUGGAAGGUCCUGCUCGGCUACCUACCUCCAGAAAAGAAGGAGUGGUCCUCGACGCUCGCAAAGCGACGCAGGGAAUACUACCAAUUCCUCAACGACCUCUCACCGCCAUCGACGUCUUCUGACGAACCCAUCCCCACCGCCCAGCUCACGAGCAACGACCAGCUUCUUGACCAGAUCUACAAAGACCUCGUCCGCUCGCGCAAGAAUGGCUUUGCCUUCUAUCAAGCUCCACCGCGGCCAAGUGCGUCAUGUCCCGUCGUUCCCCUGCCUACCGACCACGCAGCAUCAACGCUGCCGUCCAACUUCCCCGUUCAAAGACUCGAGACGCGAGACAACCUCUUGCAUCGCCUUGCUGACAUCAGCAAUGAAUACGCCCAGCAGCUCUCCCUCGAGCGCAUCGCCUCUGCAAGCUCCUCCAGCGGCCCAAGCCGUCCACCCCAUAUUUUGCAUGUGCAGACCUCCAGCCACCUCGCAGCACACGACGCUGCAUCUGAUGUCGUCGAUGAUCCCAUCAAAAGCCCACCCAUCCUCCUCUCCCCGCCUUCUCCGGGCGGUAUGUCGCGUCAGUCCUCGCAACACUCCUUCGCCUCUGCCAACGAAGCGUUCGAAAACAUGACGAGCUCGGCAAAUCAACUCGACGACCAAGCCUUGUCUCAGCUAGCGUCCAUAGCUGGCCGACCCUCUCAGCCAUCGAAUUCGCCGUCAGAGUUCCCCGCUCAACGCAACUGGCAUUCGCUUUUGCGCAUUCUCUAUCUCUUCGCCCUUCUCAACCCCAGCAUCGGCUACGUGCAAGGCAUGAACGAGGCUCUCUUCACUUUGCUCUACGUAUUUGGCUCGGCACAAUAUCCACACCGAUCCGAUGACAUUCUGACGCCCAGCAGCUCGCAGAAGGGAAUCGCCUACGACUCAAAUGGUCACACUUUCAGACCCUGGGACAAUGUAGUCGACCUUGCGGAUCUCACCACACAUGCAGAGGCCGAUGCAUUCUGGUGCUUCUCAGCACUGAUCGGUGAGACGCGCGAGUUGUACGAUUUCGAUCGAGUCGAACAGCAGAGCCGUGGCGAGGUGGCUCCAGCAGAUCGUCAUCCUUCUCAGGCGGGCAUGGCCGGUGCCCUCCGCCGGUUCAGUCUGCGCAUCAAGUGGCUCGACCCACCAUUGUGGCGCGAUCUCCAAGUCGCCUCGCUUGAUCCGCGUCUUCCCUACUACUCGCUGCGCUGGCUUGCCUGCCUCCUCAGCACCGAGCAUUCGCUUCCGUCUGUGCUGCGAAUUUGGGACGCUUUGCUAGCCGAGCAAGAGACGGCCGGCAUCUCGGGCUCCGCAAAGAUCGAGUUUCUCAUCGAUGUCUGCGCGUCCAUGAUCCUACAGAUCAAGGACCGGCUACCAAGCAGCAACGACAUGGACCUCGCAUCCGAUGGCUUCUCCCGCGGUAUGCGUGUCCUGCAAGAGUAUCCGGACGACGACAUCAGUCCUGUUGUAGAGAUGGCCACUCUGAUUCGACAACGACGCCUUGCUGCCGAUCUUACCGGCGAUGGGCCACCGGCGGUUUCGGAUGAUGACGAAGAAACCAAUCCUACCUUAGCUGCGGUCAAGGCGAAAGCUGCACAGGCCUGGCGUGACUGGACAAGUCCGCGUCAGGUUGCCCCUCCUGCCCCAUCUCACGUCAGCGAGCCAUCCGAUACCACGCCGCCAGCGACCAAGGGUGGUUGGCUCGUGUCCCGGGCCAGACCGCGCACCAGUCAGGCCGACACCGAAGAUGCCGACCUCUCCAUUGCCAGUGGCGCGGAUGAUGCUGCCAUUGACACAUCGACAUCGUCCAAGAGCACCUUUAGCGGCUUCCUGGCCAAGUAUGCCGAGGCUGUUCAAAGUAGCGAUGCUGCUGCCAAUCUCUCGAAAGCAAGCACCAACUUCACCGCAAAAGCCAUGGCACGCUUCGCGGAUCGUACCAGCCGCGAGUCGACGCCCGAGAAUGCUCCUUCUCCGCAGAGCAAUCAGGCAUAUGGUUCGCUGGGACGCGGCUUCCCAAUGGGUACCGGCGGGUCGGUGAAUGGAACUCUGGACUCGCGCUUUGCUUCUCUAGGCUCCAUCGGUGCAGGCUUUUUUGAUAGGACCAGGAGGAAUGCGAGCGAGAGCAUGCCGUCACCACGAACGCCUGACAUGGCGCGUUGGUCGCGCGAGACCAUGCCUGACUUCCCCUUGCCCAACGUAGCAGACAGCCCCGCUGGCCGCAUGGAGUACAUCGACACGUUUGGCAAGCGCAUCAGCGUCGCGCAGAACGGCAGAUCGCUCGCCUCGCCCUCUUCCUCCAUCGCAGGUGACGACAGCAGAGAGCAACGAGGAAGCGAGAACGGGCUGAGAAACUUUCCGCUACCGAGCAUGAGGGCAGCAGCCCGGAUGGGCAUCCUUCCACAACGAUUCCGCGAGGAGUCUGCCAGCCCUAGCAGCCGCUCGGCCGGGCCAAAACCACUUCUUUUGUCGCAAGCUGCACGACCACCCCGCGAAGGCAGCCCCAGCCCCAGUUCACUCGCUGUGGACGAGCCAUCUCGCAAGAUCUCGUCAGGUCCGAUGGGCCACAGCAUGAGCCGCGGAAACAGUCAUCAGGAUGCCAGGAGCAGUGCAGCCGGUUCUGUCAGCGGCCGAUCGUCGCGCUCCGUUUCGGUGGCCGACAGUCGUCGAAGCUCUAUAGCUGAUUUUGCGGAUUCCAGCAUGCCGGGUCUCUCGCAGUCAGAUACGUUGCCGCCUUUGCCAAGUUUGAUGGGGCAGAGCUCCGCAGCAACCGUUUCUAGCCAUUCCGUCCCCGUCAGCGUGGCUUCGUUUGAGCCUCACGGUGCACCUUCACGGAUGUUGCACGGUGCCGUUGCCGGGUUGCAGGGCAUGGUAUCGAAGGAAGGUACCGUCUCUGCUGGUGCGUUCGCCAGAGCCACCACCAAGACCGCCGAUCCUAACCGCGAACGUCCUGAAUUUGGCCAUGUGUCGAGUUCCUCAGAUGUGCCGCUUGUGCAAGCGACGAGCGCGAGCAUUUCGCGCCCGCGCGUAUCCAACCGCAAGAGAACGUCGAGCUCGACCGUUGAGUCGCGCACCGCUUCGACGUCGGGAUCCAUGACCGGUACGCGAGUCUCGAACCGCAGCAGCCAGACGACAAAUGUCGUUGACAGCUUUGCUGAUCAGAGCUAUGGCGUUGCCGAUGGUGCUGGCACGUUAGAAGCGGGGAUUGUCUCGGAGGAGCCUGCUUCCAUGGGUGACUCAGCUGCGAAGAGGGGCGAGAGUCCGCAUGGGGUCGAGUACGCUGCGAGGGGAGCCUGGGCUGCGUCUAGGAACGGGUCCUUGUCCACCUCGGAUCGAUACGACGCGCCUUCGCUGGAAAGGGGCACUUUGAUCGACCAAAGCGAGGCACAGUCGCCGAGUGAGGUGAUUCGGAAGUACACGCUGUCCGACGAGCCGCUUCCCACCCCCGCAGGGGCAGACGGCCGAUCCGCCGGCGGGACCACGAACAUCGUGCGCACCAAACGCGUCAUCAAGGGCCGUCAGAACUCAAAUUCGUCCGUCGCGACCACCUCGAGCCGUCGCUCGCUCGCAGGACUCAGGCAAUCCAGUCGCACGUCUGUAGGCGAGCAGCCACCCACAUCGCCGCGUCUGCCUGAAGUGGAAGAGCAUCUCGGUGCGUACGGCGGUGUCACUGGAUUGGGGCCUGUCGAGCCCAGUCCGAGUGUCGCUGCAGACGAUGCGGAUCGCAACACGGUGUCAGAAAAGCUUGACUUGCGUGCCCUCCGGAUCGCAGAGGACACGCAGCGCACUCGCGAAAGAACCACAUCGCCGCUCACAGUCGGUCGCAACAACAGCGGCGCUGGACCGUCGACGGAUCGAAGCAACUUUUUCUAA